AGCAACCCUGACAUUUAAUUUUUUUCGCGGCAACCCGGUAAAUGUACAAAAAUCAAUCGAGGCAAAUCAAAUUCUGCUAAUGCUGCCAAAAUUUUCAAUUUGAAAAAAUUCUAAAUAAAAAUUCUUUGCAAAAUUCGCUCAUCUUUAUUAAAUUAAAUAUUUUGUACAUCAUGCUAAGAUCUUGCAACAUAAAGUCUAGUUUUUAAUUGAAACAUUUGUGAAAAGUGAAGAGAUCAAAAAAACAAUUUAUAUAGAAAAGUGUAUGGAAAACCGUCAAGUCGCUUUUGUGUUCAUUUUUUCACACCGCCCCGCUAUCAACGCAAAAAAACAACAUCAGCUUAAAAUUGCUACAUUUGCCAUCGACGUCGCCGUCACCGUCAACGUUUUCCGGCAGCAUAAACAAUACAAUUGAAGUAUUUAAAUUUAUUCAUUAACACAGCAAAAUUCAACGGGCCAUUGAUUUUUCUCAGUUGUUUGAGCAAACUGCUGGAAUUUUCAGCGUUUGGAAGUAGUAGUGCGACAAAAAGCUGCUAAAAUGAGUGAAGAGGAGAACGAUAAAGUCACUUUGGAUCUCUCGCGAAAGCAAUUGAAGAAAGUGCCAAAACAGGAUGAUGCCCAAAAUGUGCGUGUGCUCAAACUGGACGAGAAUGAGCUGCAGAAAAUUGACAACAUCGACUCCUAUUUGAAAAUUGAAGUUCUUUCACUUAGUAAAAAUCAGCUGCUACGCAUGUAUGGCGUUUGUCGUUUACACUGUCUGCGCGAACUAAAUCUCUCGUUCAAUGGCAUACUCUCCAUUGAGGGCCUGAAGGAUUGCAUACAUCUGAGGCAUUUGAAUUUGGAGGGCAACAACAUUAAAACCAUUGAGCAUUUAAAUAAUAAUAUUAAAUUAGAAUAUUUAAAUUUGGCUGAGAAUAGUAUAGGCAGUAUAUCGGAUAUAUCGUUUUUGAAGAAUUUAAAGGAAUUAUAUCUGCAAGGCAACCGCUUAACGCAUCUCCGACAAUGUGAUAAAUAUUUACCCGUAUCCUUGGAAAUUUUAACCUUAGCAAAAAAUUCUAUUAGCGAUUUAAAUGAGAUCUGCACGCUGUCUAAUUUGUCUAAUUUGCAUAGUCUAACGUUGAGUGAGAACCCAUGUAUUAUGAUGACUGGCAACGCCGAUGGCUUCGAUCAUCGUCCUUUCGUAUUGAAUUGGUGUAUGAGCUUAAAAGUGAUUGAUGGCUUUGUAGUAGAUCCCAUAGAGAGCCUCAAAGCGGAAUGGCUCUACAGUCAGGGGCGUGGGCGACAAUUUCGCAUUGGUGAACAAGCUACCUUGGCCAAAUAUUUAAGUUCUGUUUGCCCACUUAUUGGCAAAGCUUUGGAGAAUGAAAAUGAACGUAAAUUACGUUUGAUACUUAGCAAAGCUCAGCAGCACCAACGACAAUUGCAAGAGGAAAUUUCAGAGAAUUCAAAUGCGUCGAGCAAUAAUUCACCUUCUUCGUGUAGACGUAAGACCAGCAGUCGCAUACAAUCCCCGAGAUUUUCACGUUUAAGUGGGCGUCAAGGCUCACCUGACUCAAUGGUGAAUAGCUAUCAUGGCAACACUUCAAGUGAAACGAUUACGAACAAUAUAAAUCACACAACACCGAUGACCACUUCUUUGAUAGAGAAUAUCAAACAUGAUUCGAUGCUAAUGUCACAAAGCACAUGUGAUAGCUCAAUAACCGGCGGUGGCAGUAAUAUGAAUACACGCACGAAUAAUUCACAGGAAUCUACGCCUCGCACGAUAACGCCAAAUCCAUAUAAUGAUCAAAAUUAUACCAAUAUGCCCGUUAACGUUGGUGGUCCCUUGGCUGCGGCCUCCAAAAUGGUGCCCGUACCAGAGGCGCUCAUGAGUCCAGAUGUUUGUCCCGCCGCUGUGGCGCAACGCGUCACCGUCAACGCAAUCAAUACGCAAAUGCAAAAUUCAAAAACACACAAAAACAAAGAUAACAAACUCAAUUCACCGAAGAUGCGCAGCCCGCACUUGAAACGCAAUACGGAACGCUAUAGCCCCAAUAUGAGUCCACGACGUGGCAGUAGUACUUCGAAUAUGACACUGCAACAUAACAAUGUAUCGAAUUUGAAUCGGGCCGUGGCCGCUCAUGCGCAGGCUCAAGUGGAUAAUCAGAUGAAGUCGCGUCUAACGGGCAAUUCGAUGCAUGUGGUAGCGCCGGAUACCGGUUCGGGCGGUAUCAGUUCGGAUGACGACAGCGAUCACAUAAACAUUGACAAGCUGAAAACGAUACGCAACAAGGCGGCACAGCGCACACAACAACAACAGAAAGAGGCUAGUGUGCAACAUGCAGAGAAUCAUGCUACAGAGUCUUCGGCGGUUGUUAUACAAAAGAUUUGGCGCGGCUAUCGUACACGCAAGAAAACCAAGGAUAUUGCCGAGAAGCUGCUUAAGAUACGCACACACGAGUAUAUUGACAAACUUACCAAAGACAUGGAACUCACCAAAGCGCAGCUGGAAAACGAACGUAAAAUACAGCAACUACAAAUGCAGGCUAUUAAUGCGCUGUGGAAGAAGGUCUCCACAAUGCAGGGUGGCGCAACAGUUAGCAGCGCCACAACCAGUAUGACUGACAGCGCCGCAACUGCUACUGUGGACGGCGGUAGCAAUAUCAGCGUUUCGACUGAUAGUGGGCGUACCUUAGCGCUGGAUAACAGCUCCACCGCCGCGGUGCACGACUUGGCCAAGACGUGUACAAUGCUGACCAAUCAGGUGCAACAACUGCAAGGCUCCAUGCGUGACAUACUCAACUGCCUAACGUUAUUCUGCAACUUGCCGCAGGAGAAUGUCAAGAAAUUGCUUUCAGCUGGCGUAGCCGACGCACUGGCCACCAAUGAGAAACGCGAUUGCGCUGCUACGCAAACUGAAAUCAUCGCUGUGCACACACCACAAAUCGAGAAUCAAAGUAAUUUUCCAUUCUCAAAAAUACGCCCAUCAACAUUGCCGCUGGACAAGCAGAAAUGUGGCGCUGGCGCUAGUGGUGUGGGAACUGCAAGUCAACAGCAGACUGUCUCAACGAGCGUUGGUUGCGGCAUGCAAACGCAACCAUACCAAUACUUGCAGCAUGAACAAAUCACCGAAGUUGCUGAGCCGACAGAGCAGUUCAAUGAGAGCGGCAUACAAAGUGAGGAUGUGCGCAGCGUGGAUGAGCAGGGCGAUACGUGUGGUGAAAAAUCCGAUGGUGGCAAAGAAUAAGCUGCAGUUUCUUAAUUUUCAUUAAAAUUUAGUUGCGUGAAGUGAAUUACCCAAACAGUAUAACGGUGUAUAUAUUUGUUGGGUGUGUGUAUAUGUGGAAAAAGUUGAAACUCUUCAAAAAGCAAUUAGUUUGCGCCAAAGAACGUCGUGUUAUAUGCGCAAAAAAGAUCUCAGCUACGGAAUGUUUCUAUUCCCAAUCCACUCUCUAUUUUAUAAGUGCUAUGCUUCUUUGUGAUUUUUAUACAUUAGCAACCUGAAUUAAUUUCGGCGUCCACUCUCAGCCUUUGAUAGUGUACAUUUUGAAUUUUACUCUUUUUUUUUUGGUUCUUUUGUGGUAUUUAUUUGGUUUAAGCAAAAUUUACAAUUUUAUGUAUCUAUUUUUAUGGCUAAUGAUUUGUUUAGGAAUUUUCCAAAAUGAAAAAUGCUAAAAUAUUACAAACGGAAAAUUAUUUGUAAAACAAAUAAUGUUUGUACUCUUUUUUAUUGAAUUUCGCGGAUUUAGUAAUGUAAAUGAAACCAAACAUUGAUAUGUGUGAACACAAGCUUGUUUUAACAGCUGUUCUUGUGCAGCAAGCAGAAGUGUAGAAAUAAAGUUUUUAUUUACUUUUAAAUUUAAAAUUUACAAAAUAACACCAAGUACAUGCAUUGAACGAGAAUUCAAUGUUUAUAGCCCGUUUUGGUGAAAAUCAAAAUGAUUUAAGAGAUUAAGUAUACAAAGUUUGUGGCUUCAACGCUUACAUGGCUAUGUGUACAAUGAGAUUUUUCGCAUACUUUUAAGCAUUUACCAUUUAUAAACAUAAUUUAUUAAUUUUAAUUUAGUUCUAAAUUUAAAUUAUUUUUAUUUGCAUACCAUUGCUUUUAAUUAAAAGAAAAUUACUAUUCGUUGAUAAAUGUAGUGGAUAUUUAGCUUGGUCAACGACUUGUGAAAAGCUUAAGGCGACGUCCACUGAGGAGCACUGAAUAUGCUUUAUAACAAUUAAGAUUUAAAUAAAUGCUUUCACUCAUACAAUUUAGCGAAAAAUAUUCAUUAAUACACAAAAAAGUUAGUGCUAUGCUUACGAAAAUAAAAUUGCAAAAACGAAAAUAAAAAAAAUGUACAUUUCGAGCUUUUGCACUUUUUACUGAUUUAUACACUCUAAGUAACAUUUGCAUCUUAAACAUUGCAGAGUUUGAAUAAAAAUGCAAAUAAAAGCAAAAUUUGGAAAAAAA